AUGCAAACAGUAAAGAAGAAUAAAACAACAGAUCCAAAGGAAGUGGUUGAAAGCUACCUCGUUGAACUGUUUACGACUGGAUCCGUGGAUUUGAAUGAGUUCCAGGCCAUCUACAACACACUCUACUUCUAUUGCACCACUGAUGACAACCCAGAUGUAACAAUCAAGGGCGAGGAAAUCUACACCACAAUCUGCAGUCUUCUUGACACAUUCACCAAAGAAAUCCGCUGUAAAGACACGAAGUUCAACUUUACCAACUUCUACAAGUUGGAAAGAAUAGCACAUUUCAUAUAUGCUGCAUUUAGGAUGAUCAAUAGAUUCUACGUCAAAUACACACGUAACGACGAUGUCGUCCAGGUCUUCUACGUCAGAGUCUACGAGAAUCAUCUAAAAUACCAUUUUGAGACGUAUCUCAAUCAAAUAAUGACUGAGAUCGUAACACUCAGAUCACCAAAUUCAGAAUACGCCUACAAACAGGAUCUCAUGCACAUGGCAAAAACCAUCUUCAAAAUUCUUGAAAAGAAUGACGCAAUGAAAGAAGUUAAGGUGAUGACUGAGAGUUACGUAAGGAGCCUUGAUUCUGAUGAAUUCAAAAUGCUCUUCUUUGCUCCACCAUACGCAUCCACUUUCACCCACGGUGGCCUGAUCAAGGAGUCUGUCUUCAUGAAACAGUCUAAAUCAGACCAAAUUGCCCUGGCUGAGCACUUAAUCACCAUCUUCUAUGAUGAACUGAUAUUUGCACACAUUCUAUUUGAUUCAUACGUCUGCAAAUUGAUAUCUGAUAAGUCCAUUUGCUUUGAAUCAGUCUUCAGGCACUAUAUGAUUGCAAUUUAUAACUCCAAUGAAACCAGACCAGAAAUCAAGAAGCUGAAUGUGAUCAUUUCGUACUACGAAUCAUCACACAAGAAGACAUUUGAAAAGACAUUCCAGUCAUUUUUGACUGAUGCAUUUUUAAACAACAAUUUCACAAAAUACAACUUCGUGGAUGAAGAAAACAGAACAAUCAGUCGAAUGUGUAGGAGACUAAGAAGCGAUCCUGACAAAAUGAGUGUUCUUGACACAUUUCAUACAUUUCUGGUGAUACGUGACAAAUUGCAAAGUAACAAACUGAAGCAUCAUACAGCAAUGCUGAAAGUAGCAGUAGAAGAGCAGUUCAGCAAGAAUUCUAGUUCACUCUGUGAUGUAGAGAUGCCAUUCUACAUUUUGUUGGAGCUGCUUGACAGAAUCAAAAACCCACAAUACGUGGUUGACUUCGUCAGUUUGACAUUGGACCAGUUUGACCUGACUGAGUCAUUUGUGAUCAAAUUCAUGAUCAGUUUGAUAAGAAAGAAGGAUGACAACUACGAGAAGGAAGAGAGAUUCAUAAGACUGAUCAAUGGUGAGAAGAAGUCGAUGUUCAUCAGAAUAUUUGAAUCAUUCAAAACAAACAGAAUUGACAAGUUCAAAGUCAUCAAAAUCGUAGACUUCUUCAUCAAAUUAGACAACAAAAUACCAGUCAAAUUGGACCAGGAUAUCAGUAACCAGAUUAAUAUUGCAUUGGUAAAACAGAUAGCCCAUAGCAAAGAGAAGUUGACACCAAUAUACAACCUGUCCAAUGCCACUAUCCUGAUCAAUAGAAGAACAAUACGCAUUGAUAUCAUUGGUUUGAAUAUUCUGAAGUGUAUUGAGAAUGCUGGUGAAAUCAGCUACGAUGCCCUACUCUUCAAAACAGCAAUGAAUUCUGAUUCAUUUGAUCAAUACAUCAAUAUGCUGAUUGAUAACCAAAUCAUCACCAAUAACUCAUCCAUGAUAUCAAUCAGCCAAAAUGAUACGGAUGCAUCACAUAUUGAUUUAUUCAAACCAGUUGAAUUCAAGGAAGUCAAACAAACAACCAGUUUAUUGGAAAGCAGCAAACACCCUGUAGAUCAGGCCAAAGUAAUGCGAUUCAUCAAAAUAAGAAAGUCGGCAACAAAGAAGCAAAUAGAGGCAGCCCUACCUGAUAUUGAUGAUAUCAGUAGUAUAUUGGAUGAAUUCACCAAGAAGGAAUUCAUAGAAUACGAUGGCAAGAAAUACAAUUUCAUUUGA